AUGGCGGUGCUCUCCAUCGACGAGAUCAGCGUGUAUGCGUCGAUCGACAACAAGCCGGUGGACACGCGCCAGCGCGUGGUGGUGCUCGGCUCUGGUUGGGCCGCUGCGUCGUUCCUCAAAGCCCUCCCAAAGGAUGUCAAGGACAAGUUUGAGGUGAUUGUCGUAUCGCCGCGCAACUACUUCCUGUACACGCCGCUGCUGCCGGCGGUGGCAACGGGGACCAUGGAGGAGCGCUCGAUCGUGGAGCCCGUACGCAACCUCGUCACAAAGAAGGGGGAUUACUACGAGGCAGUGUGCAAGGCCAUCGACCCGGUGCGCAAGGAGCUGGUGGCGUGCUUCCCCAAGGAUGCAGGUCUGGACGAGGCGUGCUUCAAGAUCUCAUAUGACAAGCUGGUGAUCGGCGUCGGCUCGGUCAACAACACGUUCGGGAUCCAGGGCGUUGCGGAGUACUGCAACUUCUUCAAGAGCAUCGAGGACGCAAAGGCGCUGCGCCGCCGCGUCAGCGAGUGCUUCGAGCGCGCCGCGCUGCCGGCGACCCCGGACGAGGAGCGGCGAAAGCUGCUGUCCUUUGUGGUGGUCGGGGGCGGCCCCACCGGCGUGGAGGUGGCGGCAGAGCUGCAUGACAUGAUCUUUGAUGACCUCAAGGACCUCUACCCAUCAGUCAUCAAG